AAGGUCGUUGUAACAACGGCGGGCAGCUUUGAAAGGAUCUGACGUUUUUACUCUCGUCCAUCGGCUAGUUUAUUUCAACUCAAACGUUCGUCUACCUCGCUGACCAGAUACAUAUAAAUCACACUGAAUCGGUUAUCAACAACACACUAAUCCUACAAAUGAAAUUUUUAACAUACAUACUUGUCUACUUGUUUCAGGUGAUAUACUCAAUUUUCCGUCCUAUGAUAAAGUAUAUUUCUCGAUUAGUAACAGGGAGGUGUGAGCUAAGUCGCAUAAUUGCUGAUUGUCCUAAAGGAGCAUCCAGAACUGUCAGAAUAGAAAACUCGCUGAGGAAUUCAAAAAAUAAAUCUAUUCAAAAUGGAUUGCUUUUGAGAAAAUAUACAGAUGCUAAGUCACAUGUGCAGUUUGUCAUUAGUGCUAAGCGUAUCGAUCUAAAAGAUCAACCAAAUUUUCCUACCGAUUAUUUGUACUGCAUAAAUCAAAUCAACACUUAUCGGGAACUAAUAGAUAAACUGGAUGCCUCAAGGUGUACUGCGUUUAAUUCAAAUGAUAACUACCACUCUGAAUUACUCUCAAGGUUAUGGAUUUGUCUUGAUUCUCAAAACGAACUGUCAUCCCAUAAUGGAGAAAAGUGGACUCUUCUUGGAUUUCAGACGGAGAACCCCGAAACGGAUUUCCGCGGAAUGGGUAUACUGUCUCUUGAAAAUCUUGUGUACUUCGCAGAAUCACAUACGAAAUUAGCGCGAAGUAUGUUAUCGGCAUCACAUCAUCCUAACAAAUGGUAUCCAUUUGCUGUAACUGGUAUCCACUUGACGAAGUUAUCAUUCAACUUCAUGCUGAAGGGUUAUCUAAAAUAUCAGUUCUAUAAUACGUCCUCAUCAGCCAGCAUCCAAGACUUCAACGAGUUUUACUGCUAUACAUUUUAUUCUUUCCACAAAUUCUGGACGAAACGCCCUCGUGAUAUAAUGCAAUUCAACAAAUAUUGUGACGAUUUCGGAAAUAAAUUGAAAUGUCUUUUAUUGGACGUAAACUGUAGAUUAUGUUUACCGGAAGAUAAAAAUUAAAUCAUUCGUGUGUGGCUGUGUUUUCGGCAUUAGUAAGUAAACCACAAGUUAUACGGAGAACUACAUGUAAUUAAUGUGAUGCUAACUGUGGUUAAUUGUACCACAAUAUUUGUAAUAUUCACAAGCGUGAUAUCUGCUAUUUUCUUUUCAAUAUUCUAGUAUAAUGAUUCUUUGCAAUCCUUUAAAAUGUGAAAUCCCCGAAAUGAAAUCUGUAUUUAUUCUGCUCCCAUAAACGUCCCUGUUUCAUUCGAAGGCAUGAUGAAAUCCGGUUAUCCGAAAGCUUACAGUUGCAUCUGUUAAGCGAUGUCUUUCUCUCUUCAAUAGCUAUUAUUUUAUGUUUAUUUCUGUUCAUAAUGAUAAAAGAUAUUUUAAUUUGUAACUUUUGUGAGUUGUUUUAAAUGCUUAAAACAGAGUUGUUACCGGUAAAUGAAAGUGAACAAGAAGUUUCCUAAUUGGGAAUCAUAGUCCAUUCAGUCUAGAAGAUAAGACCUACUAGCAGUUUAGGCUUUCGCUGACCAUAGUUCCGACGUUGAAAAAAAACGAGUUUUAUAGAAGGUCCAAUAAGCUUAAAACAGUUAAGCUCUCUGACAGAUCAAUCAUAGAAUGGAUGCCAAGACUAUAACUUAUGGACGGACAAAUGAGAUUUACAAUAACAGGUCUUGGGUUUCAGUGCGAAAUCCAUUUAGCUCGAUAGCAUUUUGGCAUUUAAGCUGAUGUCAGUUCUGGAUGAAAACCCUAAGUCUAAUUCUUAACCCUAACCAUCAACUGUAAAUCAUACUCUUACUACCCCACAUUGGUUUAUAACCCUCACUCAGCCCUAGUAAGUAGGUGAACGUUCUCAAGAUCACUUUGGUGUCGUUCAAGGGUCGUCCACAAAUUAUAGUCUCACUGAAUGGGGUUUUCACGUCCAAGUAGAAAACGAAAACCAAGUUAAGCGACAAUUGGACGAGUUCAUCAGUGAGGACCCAAGA